AAAGGAGGAUACGAAACCGCCCCUAGAAGGGUGGUUAAGAGAAAUUCGUCUCAAAAUUCAAGAACUGAUUUGCAAACACAUUCAACCUAAAUAAAAAAAAAAAAAAUUAAAAUAAAACAAAGAGACUACAUCCACUCCGAUGGUAAAACAUGUUUCAUAUGUUAAUCAGUGGAAAAAAUUUGAAAAACGAUAACCAGCUCGUAGCCGGAAAAUGACCGGAGAUGAUAGAAGAGGUGCUCGGAGCAGAAUCAAGUCCAAUGAAGACGACUCUAUCGGAAAGAUUAAACCGAACUUGAAGCUCCGUCAGGGGAGGAGUAGAGCGGACGGCAGACCACUUCGAAUCCUCAUCACCAAUCUCAAAGUCGUGCUAGGUUUCAGCAUUUUAGCGUUCUUAAUCAUCUUCUUCACCAUCGAACAUCUGAUGAAUCAAGCCGAAGAAGCUCAGACGGCUAGGGUUGUCACUCCGUUUCCUGCUCCCAAGAUCAUGGACCUGCCUCAGUCUCAAGGCGAGCACAAAGAGAGCUUGUACUGGGGAACCUAUCAUCCUCAUGUUUAUUUUGGAAUCCGCUCAAGGACUCCUCGCUCUUUAAUUGCUGGAUUGAUGUGGAUUGGUUUGUAGGAUGGAAGGUAUUUUAUACGACAUGUCUGUCGAGACUCUGAUGAGCCAAGCAGAUACGGGUGGACACAGCAUAAUGGUCGUGAUUUUGGGCAUCAACUGCUGGUUGACCAUGACAUGACCCUGGAAACAACUUUCUUGAAAUCUAAAGGGGAUGGCAGUGGCCAUGGAGGUGACUGGGCAAUAAGGAUUGACGUGCAAA